AGCCUCCAUUCCACCGACCACGUCGAGGCCGACACAACGUCUGGAGAACACGCCGACACGCCGUUCGAGGCCGACACAAUGUCUGAAGAAUACGCUGGCAUGACGUUCGAGGGAGGAGCCUUCGAGAGCGCCAUGGACUAUGUCGAUCAACUCGAGCUCGAUGCCGACGCAGAGAUGAGAAAGCUGCAAGAUCAAGCCGAAGGGCCGCCAGGCACCGAAGGGUGGAUCAGGACCCGGUGGAUGUAUCAACUGAUUCGCUUCCGGCGUGGUCUCAAGGGCGCAGCCCUGGUCUGGUAUCAAAGCCAAGACGACGAGACAAAACAAGACUGGCUUGAGAUGUCGAGUCGAUUCCGAACGCGGUUUCCGGAGCCCUCCGAUCGAGCCCUGUCGGAGGCCGACGGCUCGGCCUCUGGCAGAAUCGUGGAGGACGGAAAAUAUGCACAGGACGCUGGAAGAUCCCCCGAAUCCAACAGAGAGAAACGCAUCACGUCCUCGACCGAAGAGCUCAGAGCCGAGUCUCUGGCCGCAUGGGCCCUGAACGCGGCCUACUGGGACGAUACGGUCGGGCGGGACGGCAACAUCUACUGGAAGCGGCUGCAGGAGCCGUCGCUGCGCCGCCUCGUCUUCGGCGCCGGCGGCGUGCGGCCGGGCUUCAAGGCCCUCGACCUGUGCGGCGGCAACGGCAUCGUGGCGCGCUGGCUUGCGGACCCGGGCCACGGCGCGCGCGCCGAGCAAAUAACCGCCACGGACGGGUGCACCGCCAUGCUGGAGCGGGCGCUCUCCCGGUGGAGGGCCCAGAAGGACGCCUGGGAGGAGGGCCCCGACCGGCCGCCACCGCCGCCGCUCCCCUUCAGGUCUCUCGACGUCUGCGAUGCCAGGGCGCUCGUUUUCGAGGGCACGCACGGCCCUUACGACCUCGUCACCAUGAACAUGGCUAUUAUGGAUGUGCCGACCCUUGAGCCCCUGGCUGAAGCCCUGGCCUUCGGUGGUCUUCUGCGCCAGGGAGGCAUAUUUGUCGCCACGCUCCUCCACCCCGUCUUCUUCACGUCCAACGCCGCCAAGAACCUGGAGCUCAAGUUCGACGGGGCGACGGGCGACCUCCAGGUGGUGCGCACCAAGAUCAUUCGUGAUUACCUUUUCGUCCCACCCAUGAAGGGGAUCGCGCUGCCGGGCCAGCCCGUGAAGCAGCCGUGCUUCCAUCGGCCGCUGCACGAGGUCUUCAGACCAUUCUUCGCCGCCGGCCUGGUCAUGGACGCCAUGGAGGAGCCUGCCUUUACCGAGGAGGACCACGACCCGAACAGAAUCGAGGCGAGCAAGAACUACACGCAGCUGCCGGCCAUCCUGUCCUUCCGGAUGAGGCGGCCGUAAGUGGCGGCGAGCAAUUUGGUGCUUGACCGGGCAAAAAAAAAAUUUUGCAUGCUAGUGUUCAUGCUGUGCACCCUUCUCUUUUUUCUGAGCCGACACGAGGCGCGAGACCGGUCAACAAGCCAGAGGGGGAUGUGAUGUAAUUAGGGUUCCACGAAAGCACAGGCAGCAGAUGCUGUGGGAAAUAAUAGCAAGCGUGGUCAAAGAGGGCCUUGAAUGUGUGCGUUUAUGUGCCCGGUGAGACCCGAAGUGAACCGGAUCGGCACGCGCCGAACAUUACCCGCCUUGACCGGUGAGUCUGUCUAUCGACCCCCGACAGAUUGCUCCUGCUGGUUGCCGUGAGGUUCAUGUGUUUGUUCAUAUCGCCACCUGCCC